ACUCGACACACGUCGAAUAAUAUCGAAUGGAACAAGAAAUUGUGAUCCACAAUUUGAGGUAAAAUCCAGUUUUACGGUGCUGUUACGUCGGCAAAACUUUUCAUAUCAUACAGGAUGAGUGCAGUUGGGGAGCUGCUGAAAGGCCUUCCGUGCCAUGAUGAAAACAACUUCACCAAAUAUCACAAUGAACCGAACAGAAGUACAGUGUCCAAUAUGCAGCCGAGCAAAAAGCCCAACGUAUACUUGCCAACCAAAGACUACCCUUCGGAACAAGUGAUUACGACAGAAAAGACGAACAUUCUUCUAAGAUAUCUACAUCAGCAAUGGGACAAGAAGAACGUUCAUAAAAAGCGUGAUCAAGGAAAUGCCAACCUUGAUAGUGAAUCGCCUCCCGCCCGAAAGAUGCCAAGGCUACAGCAAAACAGCAGAGACAACGGAGGAUCGUAAGGCCCUGUAUCCCAUGCAAAGUCUCGAUAUCGUCACCAUUACCGCGUCACAAACUCUGUCGCUAUUUUGCAUGCAAAAACGAUCCAAACGAUGAGAGGAUAGAACAUUCCUGUGUGUAUCGCCCAUAAUCAGCUGCAGACGUACAAUUUCACGGCCAGUGUGAACAUGCUGGGCAAAUUGUGUUGGGACGGAGCAGCAGAAGGUGUUGUGGUCUACAUGUAGAGCAAGGACGUUUGGGAGGAUUCACACUUGUCGCUUGCCAUCGCAGCCUGCCACAAAGGGCAUAUGAAGAGACUGUGUUUGUCUGCACAGGGUAGGAGUUGCUUGAGUGAAUGGAUUCCAUGAACAUGUAUUCUGUACACGUAUGCCUUGCUAUUAUUGAAAAUGCAUAAUUAUUUUCUUUUGCUUCAAAAAGGUAAUACAUGAAUACAUAUAUAGGAUUUCCUUUGUAAUUUUAAGAUUUAAAGAUAUGCUGCAGUAAAGCAUGGCAUUUUUUGUGUAUAGAAUUCACAUUUCUGUAUUUAACUUAGGGAAUACACAUCUUUGAUGCGCGCAGUUAUCAUUUAUUUACAUGAUGCAAACAAAGAAACCACCAUGGUGUACUACUUCAUAUAAAUGAGCCUUUAAGCUAAUCUUAAAUGUUGGUACGUGUACAUGUAAUGGCCUAUAUUUUCAAGAGAAAUCGGCUUUAAAUGAUAUGAAUUGUUUAUCAGGCAGUCAAUGUUUGAUAUUUAACCUGCAAAAUACAAUGUACAUGUACACUACAUGUAUGUGUACAUUUAUAAAGUCUUAGUACGGUAUAAACAUUCACCAAAACGUGAAAAGCACAACUCACAAUUUUACACGUUACAGCAUUGUAUGAAACAGAUAAACUGCAGCCCUAUGAAUCCCCGCCACAGAAACCAAAUUUUGUUGACUUUAAAUUAGCUUUAACCAAAUUUUAGGAUGAACUCAUUCAGUAGAAUACUGGGCUUAGGAUAUCUUGAUUCUGCCUACAAGCUAAAGAACUUGAAGUAAUUAUCGUCUUUUUUCAAUUCAAAAUACAUGUACAUGUAUGCCAUCAUUAGCAUGGUUAAAAUCAAAGAGAAAAUGUAUCACCAGACGUUUUUGGUAUUUUCAUGGGAAUUUGAAAGCUAAAAACAUCACCAUCAAAAUUACUAGUUUGGUAUGUUUUAUAGCAUAAUGUAGAAUUCAAUUUAUUGGAUUUCAAUUUUAUCCCAUCUGCUGAAUUUUGUUGAAUCAUUUUCUCUUGAAGUAUAUUAUUUUGUUUCUUUAUUUCUUUAGAGUUUGAUUCUUUUGUUCUUGUUAUUUUUUAUACCAAUACAAAGAAAUGUAUUAUUUUCAAAUCUUUUGGAUGUAGAUAGAUCUGUGUAGUUCAUAGAGCAUAUUCACCCACAUGUAAUGGGCAUUUUACUAUUUGUAAAUUUGGGUGCAUGUUUUAUUUGACCUUUCCCUUAUAAAUGUUUGCCUUUAACCCUUUUGAUACUCCUCCUGACACCAUUAUGACUGGAGUCUAUGGACAAUAAAAAAAAUUGGUAUCAAAUGGGUUUAGCGAGAGGAGGCGAGCGCACAUGCAUAGUGCAGAGAUGUGGACCAAAUGUAAUUCCUGUUUCAGGCAAUGAUGGACAAUUUUAAGGGCUUAAUGUACAUGUAUAUGUACACACAUCUUUGCUCUUACAGUCACAACAUACAUGUACUGAAUGUCUCUCGUAAAUUCCACAUUAAAAAAUGUGAUAUUCCUUGAAUGGCAAAGUUUAUUUCAUAUUUUAGGACACCAUCAAUAUAUAUCAAGCUUAUGAGAGCUGUGCUGCAAUACUGUUGUUCUAUUAUUGAUAGGGUUUCACACUGCUGUCAGAAUAUGUGUGGGAGGAAAUUCUUUGAUCUGACAUUGAGGUAUUUGCUGUAUAACCAAGGAGAUUUUUGUAAAAUUGUUGUAAAAUCUCCUUGGUUUAACGCAUCUUGUUGAAUGCUACAAGAACCGUACAAACUUUAAUACAUGCAUGUACUGGAAGAUGUGGAUCUUCAUUGGUUUAAGUAGUUCCAAAUACAUUUAUUACCUAUAUUGAAGUCUAUGAUUUAUGAAUAUAUUAUCAGAUUGCAUAAAUCAUUAAAUUCGUAUUCCUUUAUCAAACAUCAUUCUUGAUACCAUUUGCAUGUACUCAAGGUCAUAAUAAUAAUAAUAAAAGAUAUUUCUAUACUGCAAAUUGCAUAUUGCCUCUAUGCAACGGUUGGCUUUUCAUAAUUCAUAUCAAAUUGUUUUUGUGUAUCUUCAUAAUCGGUUGUUGAGCUACCAGCUGGUAUCAGAUUUUGCCCAUUCUCGAAAUAAUUUGAAAAACAAUCCUGUUUAUCUAAUAUUUCAUUGACAACUUAUUUCAUUGAUUUUGAUUAAUGCAAACUAUAUGAUUAAAUAUGUAUUUUAUCGAUUAAGUAAUAUAAAUAAUGUGUAUGAGGUACAUGUGUGCAAAUGCCUGUUGUAAAACCUUUUAAGACUGAAACAUAUAUUUCUACUAUAUUUCAGUUCUUGUAUCCUUAUCCGUUUGAAGAGAAUAGGGCAUUAACUUGUAUACUUUAACACAGAGAAAACAUCAUUCUGGCUCAGUCUCAACAGACCCUUCAGUGUUUCAUGUACUUUUAUUGUUUUAUCCUUAUUUUCCAUUGUUUUACAAGUUGUGCUAUUGGAGGCUUUCAAAGCCCUAAAUGGGGCAAACACAGAUUUUAAAGGAAUUCAAAAAUGCAGUUUUCAUUUGACAUUGUAAUAGCUCUUCAGACACCACCUGUACAUGUAUCCUCUGGCAUAGCAUCAUCAUGGGUGGAACCAUUGAUCAAGGGGUACUUUUCUCAGAGGGGCAGUGGCACAUAAUAAAAUGAGGGGGGGGGGGGAAUGAUCUUGCAAAGAAAUUUACCCUUUGGAAAAAUUAUGUAUGAAAUGGGGGUGUAUAUGAAGAAAUAUAUGCAUUUGAAAUGAAUAAUAUCAAUAAUGCACCCAUCAUUUGUGUAAAAUAUUAAUUUCUUCUUUACCAUAAUUAUAUUUCUCUUAUAAUUCAUGCAAAAUGCAAAACGAAGGAAGCUGAACUUUGAUGGUUAAAAUCAUCAUUUAUUUUAUGUGGAUAUCAAUAAAAUACAAAAAUCUGCAUUUCUAUUACAAAUA